AUGAGGACUAAAGGGACGUCUGAGCAGAAAGCCGCUCUUGCCAAGGGCACGGGGAGAUUGUGCCAAAAGGCUGCGCCGCCAGAGGAAGCCGUCGAUUUGGAUUUACGCGAAUCAAAGACAGACGGAGUGAAAAGUGAAUAUCGCCGCCUCUCCACAGAGGGGGACCCCAACCCUUCUCCAGAAAACAAGGCUGAUAAGACGAACGGCCGCCUGAACGCGGCGGACAUCAGUCCUGCGCGAAGAAAGGUGGUGGAUGAAAUGAAUACCGAAGUCAUUAAGAUAAAGGAUGCCAAGGUUGAGAGGUGUGUAAAAGAGGGCACAAGUGUUUCUUUCAAACCCCGUUCAUCUGUACUUCCUGUCCUUCACGACAAAUUAGCGGACUGCGGAACACGUGAAGAAGUUGACGAUGGACGGUGCGGAGCGCACUGCAGCGUGUCCCAAAGAGAAGAGGGCGCAAGCCCGACCGGCGAGGAAGAGUUGCGCUAUGCUGAUGAGUGCCUGAGUGGGAAAAGCGAGUCGGAUGAUUGUGAGGAUGAUUAUGAGGACGAUUUUGAGGAUGACGUGACUUUGGUUCUUUCGGACGACUGCGGCUCGUGCGCGGCGGACGACGAGUCCCACUACAUUACCACGCACGAAAUCCAGCUGUCUGAGCUCUCCGAUCACGAGGGGGAUAAUGACACUGGAGUCGGGUCCUCGACUUGGGACCUCGAGAAUGACAACCAGGCGUACUCCUUUGUGCAUUACGCGUCUUUUGACGGCGACGGCGCGUUGGGGGAAAGGGGCGAGAGGGGGAAAGGGGAGCAGGCGGCCGUCGGCACACGUGACGCGGCCAAGCGCUCCGCCAGUCCGGAUGGAAGAAGUCUGUCUAAGACCCAGAGGAGCGGCGGAAACGCCUCGGGACAGAUCCACGUGUCAAUCAAAACCACUGCCCGAGCUAUAAAUGAACCUAGCAACAUCCAAGAAAAGGAAAAUAUUAUCUACCAUGCCAAGCGCGCCGGAGACGUGAGCCGCUAUAUUUUCAGAGGAGCCGAUGGGAAAGCGGAGCAGCUCUGUGACACCGCUAAGUGUUUCAUUGCCACGCCCGGACGGCUGCACUUUGGCAGAAAGCUAACGGGGAAAGAGCUCGCUGAGUACUCCAGCGGUACAUCAAGCGCUGUAAGUGAACUUGACGACGCAGACAAGGAAGUGCGCAACUUGACGGCCCGGGCGUUCAAAAGUUUAGCCUACCCGUAUUUUGACGCAAUCAACUUCAGCACGUCUAGCGAGUCCUCGGCAUCGGAGCAUGGGCUGGGGAUAAACCGCUGGUCAACGAUUGUUGAUCUGCAGUACGGCAAAGUGAACAUGUCGCAGGGAAUAGACCAAAGUAUUAUGUCCCACAAAAAUCCGUCAUCAUCAUUAGAGGUUGCCAAAAAGAUUGACAAUAAAGGUUAUAAGGACAUUGCACUUGCGAGUCUCCCACCGCCCACAAGCAAGAUCUUCACUUUAAGCGGCAAUCCCCACAGUGCGUCGACCUCGACCAAGAAAAUUGAACUCAUGGGGAAAUUUGGUCAGGGGCGCAGCGGAGUGAUAACGCUCACAGAGACGCUGAAUUUCCGGUGCAAUAUGAAAUCGGGGCUGUCCGGGGAGGAAAUACGUUCGAAAUGUGCACAAAGCGCCUCGGGAUCACGUUCCACAGAUAAAGUUACCCACACCUCGCAAACCGGGCAGAGAAGCGGGGCUCGAAAUCCAGCCUGUAAUGCGGCGGAAGGCAUGGAAGACACGCACAAGAAAGCCAUAUUCGCUUCGAGCAUUAUUAAAAAUGUCAUAUCGAAGAAAAUGCAGUUUGAGCAGGAGCGCAAAAUGGAAAGAGGGGAGAUCUCUGAGCCCCAUCACAACCCCUCCCCGUGCUUUGCCCAGCCGGAAAGGGAAAAAAGCCGCAAGGAAAGGGCGACUUCGAGGGAGCCCAGUUCUUUACACGGCCAGAGCUCCAAAGUCUCGGAGGACAGCUCUGAGUAUGCCAUUGUGUGCGUGGAUGAACUGGGGGACAUAGUGGACAGUGACUCGGGCGAAACCAAAAGUGAUUGUCAGAGACGAGACUUUUCAACCCUCGCAUCAGAAACCAAUUUAGAAUCAACAAAUGAAGCCGGAAUCGAUACUAAAAAAGGAGCAUUAGAAGCGGCCAAAAGCAUGCUGCUUCGGAGCCAAAAUAGCGCGUUCAGAUCCUGGCGGGACGGCGAGCUAGAGUUUCAAAAGGGACACAAAGACGAUCAUAGUACUCCAGAGAGUAGAGUAGCUUCAUGUAGGGACAACCUGGGAGAGAAAAACCGGGACAUCAAUUCAGACAACAGUAAGCUUACUAAAAUGUCACAUUUGUUUGUGCCAAGUAUUCAACUGCUGUCCAGCGACGGCGACUUUCCAGAGCAGUUGCCGACUAUCAAUUAUUCUGUGGACGCGCCCAUUGACGAAGAAGAGCGAGGAGGAGGAGGACGGCUGAAGGUGGGCUCCAACACCUUACGCGUCGCAGAUUCCAGACCUGUUGCAACGUCAAAAUCUCCGGAAAUCAAAAUUAAUCUCAGGAGCGUCAGAGACAGCAGGAAAGAGCCUGUUGGCACGUCAAAACUGCGCCCUCCCAGCAAUGGCUGUAACACGGCCCAGCUGUUACGACCCGAUGACUUCAGAUGCCAGGCGCUUGCUGCAGCGUUGAAGGGUGAGUCCUCAGAUAAAGUACCACAUUUCAUGGUUCGAGACAUAAGAGAUAACAAAGGGAAGCUGCAGACGCCCAUACACCAAGUCAGAGACGUGCGCAAACUGGUGAAAAGUUCCUACCACUUUGUGUCUUUGGAUAAUGACGGUAAAUCCUACUUGGGUACUGCCGACUCACACGCAGAGCCAAAGAAGCAAGCCCCCUCCCGAAACCCUGCAUCCAUUUCUCCGAUAGUGAUAAAAUGUCAGUCUGUGAAUACAAAUAGCACCGGGAAGCAAGCUGGCAAUCUAAGUGACUUAUCUAAACAUGGUGUGAAGGAAGAUUCGUUGGAGCUGGACAGAUCCUCUCCAGAGGGUGCUAAGGGUGGCGCUCUGCUCAUCAAAAAGCCACUAGAGAAAAAGCCAUUCAAAGAAGAUUCCUCCAAGGGGGAUGCAGGAUUGAGAAGUGAAACCAAAACAGCAUCUUGGAAACAAGAGAAAACAGCCGACCUUGCCGAUAAGACACCGGAAUCGAAGCUCACCAACCAGGUGGCCUUGGAAAAACUCCAAGCAGCAGUCAAGACAAUGGAGCAACUUUACAUUUUUGAUAAAAAGGAAUGGAAGAGAAAAGGCAAGCCCCAUCCUUUAACAGGUAGCCACGUGCUUUCCUUGAUCGCCACUGAGGAGCAGGGAGGCCCCGAGGAGGAGGCAGGCAAGAUCCCGUCAGCCAUGACAACAUCCCCUGGUACCGACAACAUGUUCAAGAAAGAGGAGAGACCCACCCCAAAAACGUUUCUCAGCCAGGAGGCAGAGAGCCGUGAGGAGAGGCUUGGUAGUAGGCCAUUGUCAGGUCAAAGCGCUGGUACCACCGAGAGCAAACACAUCUUCAACCUCGGUGUAUUCAACCAAACUGCUCCGUCAAACACCGCCACAGACAAUAAGGGGAAGACUCCCCAGCCACCUUCUGCAAUGCAGACACCUUACGGUGGAAGAGGAUUUAUCCCACAUUCUCCCAAGUUGCCUGUGUCAUUAAAAAUCAGCAAGACAAAGCAAAAGGGGGAGAGCAAGGAGAAGUCGACUGGUGAGGUAGAGAGGUGCAGCCAAAACCCCCUCAGUGCCUCUGCUGAUUCUGAGAACUACCUUACCAUUCCUGUCAAGUCCCUCACCAACCACAGCAAACCAGCCUCUGCCUCUGGUGCCACCAGGGUGCAGCAGGAGCACCGUCAGUCACCCAAACGCUCCAGCAUAAUCAUGGAUGCGCAGUCCCCAGAGAUGCCCGCUGCGGCCAUCUUCCACUCCAUGCCUCUGACCGUGCCCUCAGGCCAGCCGCAGGUCUACUGCUUUUCCCCCACCGUCACCCCUGCCCCGACCCUGGAGCCCUUCCAGGCCACGCAGAGGAAAAUGCUCCUGGACCCCACCACAGGAAACUAUUACCUGGUGGAUACCCCAUUUCAGCCCCCCACCAAGCGCCUGUUUGACCCUGAGACGGGCCAGUACGUGGAUGUGCCCAUACCACAGCCCCCCAUGACCCCUGUGCCUAUGCCCAUCUCUCCUUUGGCACUGAGUCCAGGGGCCUACGGACACACUUACAUGAUCUACCCCAGUUUCAUGCCGUCGCCGCCUGUGAUUCCAGCGCGGAUGCUUGCCCAGUCCCAGAUGUCUGUGCAGUCGGAUGCCGACAGUGGCGGGAAAAUGUCUUCCCAGCGUGCGGAGGGGAUCUAUAUGGAGAGCCCCUACUACAUGGCCACUGGGAAGUAUCCGCAAGUCGGCUCCCCAGUACAGCAGACCGUCCCCACAAACAGGGCGCCACAGGGCUUCUCCGACACCAAACAGCCCGUCAUCAGCAUCACCUCCCAGCAGGGGCCCCGGAUCAUUGCGCCGCCCUCCUUUGACGGGACCACCAUGAGCUUUGUGGUGGAACACAGGUGA